UUCAAUUAACUGUGAGCGGGAGCACUUUAUUUUCUUUGUGUCGCGUGUGCAAAUGAUUUGCUGGCAAAAUGAAGAUAAAUUUCUUCAACAACGCUAUCCACCAGUGUAUCCCAAGACUGAAACUUUAAAAGAUUUAUUAUUGAAAUCAAGUGUGCCCAUUCCAUGGAGUACUGCCGGAGCUCCGCCAUGUAUGGAACCCGUAUCCGGACCAUCGGUACCACCUCGUGUUGGAACAUCCUAUCAGACAGCUCAUCCACAUCCAUGGCGACCAACAUUGAGCUAUGAAAUGAUUGAAGUUAAAAAUCUUGCCGAACAACCGGUAACCAAUCAAUUGGUUAAGCCAACAUUUGCUCCGGCUAACAUGACAACGGAACCUUUGACAUUCCCAAAUUUAGUGACGGGCUUUCAUCGAAAUCCUCAGCAUGCUGCCAGGGCGGCAUUGUAUACUCGCUAUACGCCCGGCGAAUGGGCCAAUAACAAUCUCUCGAAAUAUGCAGAGUCGAAUAUAAAUCGCAAUCAAUCAGAGCGUUUGCGGAAUGAUGCGGUACGUCUUAUGCGUGAAACCGACGAGAAAACCGCUCAGGGUCAAAGAGAUGCUGGGCGUCGUUUGGGCGAACGUAUAACGGAUGUGACAUUUUGGCGUAAUGAACUCAAUACGGAAAUGGAAAAAUUGGUCAGUGAAUCGUCAGCAUUCUCAGAGUUGAAGCGUAAAUGUGGCAAGGCUAUGUUAGAUUUGGAAGCGCCACUACACAUAGCCCAAGAGUGUCUUUAUCAUCGUGAAGGACGUGCCGGUGUGGAAAAAGUUCAUGAUUGCGUGGAGAAAGCAUUGCUGCUGGAAAUUGACAAUUUGAGAAAUUCUCGUGACAAACUGAAGGAAUUACAUGAAAGGAUAACAAAUCAAGCCCACGAUUGUCGCGCUGCCCAACAUCUUUUGGAAGAAGAUGUUUCGGGCAAGGAAUCGACUUUGGGAAUUGAUUCGGUUUGCCAUCAGUUAAAUAACUAUAGCAGAGGUUUGGCUUACUAUGGUGGUAUUGAAAAAUAUGAUCCGACUGUGAGCACCCAAGAAUCUUGGGCCGAAGCCAGUAGUCAACGUGUUAGCAGAUCACAAGCCGAGAGAGCGAAACUUUCUCAAUUGCGCAGUGACUCUGAGGCUACAGUCAAUGCCAUAGCGACAUCGGUAUGGGAUCAUUGGAAUAAUACGAAUAAUGCAUUUGAUCGCCGUUCCCAAGAAAUGGCAGAAUCGAAAAAUAAAAUUCAACUGCAUUUGCAUAAAACGCAGCAGGAACUAUUUGAUUUGGAAAAACACAUAUUCCUGCUGCAAAAAGCCAUUCAGGAUAAAUCGAACCCCCUGAAAGUGGCACAGACCCGUUUGGAGGCCCGGUCUCAUCGUCCGGGUGUUGAAUUGUGCAAAGAUUACGCUCAGUUACGUUUAACUCAAGAGGUGGAGGACAUCAAAGGUGUGGUCAAUAAUCUACAUCACAAACUUCAGGAGGCCGAAGCCCAACAUCAGAGCUUGCUGAAGACUCGUGCCACUUUGGAAAGUGAUUUGCGAAAUAAAGUCAAUGCUUUGUUCAUCGAUCGUGAAAAAUGCAUGGGUCUGAGACGUUCAUUCCCCGUUGAUAAUAUGAUCAAAUAUUAGUAUUAAAAUGUCCAUUGUGUAUUUUCAUUCCAGUGUCCUAUAGUAAAAAUAAAAUCAACUUUUAGGAAUACAA